CACACUUUUUCCUCUGGCAACCAACAAACUCUGCGCUUGCAAUUUACCUAAAAAUAAAAGUUUAAAAAAAUCAAUAAAUAUGUUGGGCCGCAGCAGUGUAAUUGCACGCAAUUUCUCCCAGUCGAUGGUGCGCUACAGCGGCCAUGGUGGUGUUCCCGGUGAGAACCUGCCCUUCGGACUGCAUAACAAAUAUAGAAUCACCGCGCUGUUCACCAUCGGCUGUGUUCUGGGCUUCGGCUCCCCCUUCCUGAUCGUCAGGCACCAGCUGUUGAAGAAGUAAGUGGCCACAGCAGCCCCCCAAAAGCCACGGCAGCAACAACAACAACAUGCUAAAAAUGUAAGAUUACGUUGUUGUUUGUUGUAGCCGCAGUAUCGUACAUUGUGCUACAGCUUUAAAUUAAGUCAAAAGUUUAAACGUAAUAAAGUUGCCCAAAAACUAAAGACCGAAA